AUGGCUAAUCUGGAGAAAUUGUGCCGUUUGUGUCUUCUUCCGCACGAAGAUUUGGAAUCGCUGCAUCAGUUCAUCAACGAAAAAGAGUCUCUCUUGGAAAUAGCCUAUAGUUGCACUCAAAUCCGAUUGACCUCAGUCCCGGGACUUCCAUGUCAAAUUUGCCCGUUCUGCAAAAUGCAGCUUCUAGCAUUUUCCCAAUUUCGAAAACGCUGUACCCAAGCGGAAAACCAGCUACGAUCAGAGUUUCCAGACUUGUGCAGGGAAGCCAAGCUAACUUCCUCCAUGGCACUUCUUAGCUGUCACAACAUUUCAAACAAGGACAGCUCAUACAUACCCUGUCAGCAACUUCCAGUCAAGGAAGAAAUGUCGACCAUAUCUGGAUGGGAAAGUCAAGAGAGUCUAGAAUUUGGUACCGAUUCAUUCAUGCAAGAGGUUUUGGGAACUUCGGUUCAGGAUUUUCAUGUAGAAGAAAUCAGCACUACCGUCACCCGUCAGUCUACCCCGAUGAAUAUGGAAGAAACGGUUGUCGCCGAGGCCACUACUUCCAGUGUAAGAGAAUUCACCAGAAAACGAAGCUUUGUACAAACAACAAGCUCUGAGCCAAGUAUUAGUAGUAGUAAUCGUGCCUGCAAGCGUACGAUUUCUACUUCCUCGUCGUCCUCCUCCUCUUCGUCGGUGGGCUUCGACUCCUACUGUGUCUCGUUGGCUGUAGGACCCUUGUGGUGGUCCGAUGUCCCAACAAUCAGAACCGAUCACGAUAGGGCGUCUCCCUUGAAAGAAUACAAUCGCAAGACAUCUAUCGAUUCGACCACCACCGCUUCGUCUGAGUAUACCGAUUUAGAUUUGACAGAGUCGACCGUCGAUUUCAUGAACCAGCAUGAGGCCGCCGUCAUCCAAGAGGUGCUGACCCAACCGUCACCAACCCAGAUCACUCUGAAGUUGUACGUUACGGCCCAGAAGCACAGCACCUGGGAAACGAUCUUCAACCCCUUGGAUAACAUGCUGUACGUGAAUUUGCCAUCGACUAUGUCCCACGAGGCCUCGAAACACUCGUUCAUCUCACUGCUGGAAUUUGCCGAGGAAAAGCUCGAAUGCGACGGCGUUGUUCUGUGCAUUCGCAAAGAUCGCCUCGAUCGCCCGAACUUGGUGCGCACGUUUUCCUUCGUAGGUUUCCAACCUAUCAGCAGCACCAAUUCGCCGCUCACGCCGCCCCACAUCGAGGAGCAGCAGAAGAACGAGUUCCUCUUUAUGAUCUACAACAUUGAAGAGUAAAGGUCACAACAUUCAACUCAGACCAAGACGAGUGGGUGUGGGUUGAUCAAAAUUAAGUCCAUUCAGUGGUUAUCUUUCUUCGUAUCGCACCACGUGCCUAAUCACUAACAUCUGCACGCUAUCAUCUUCUGGUGAGACUUGACGAGAUGAAAACCCCUAAAUGGUAAGAACCCUCUGAGUUGCCGAGCUUCGAUUAGUGGCAGAUCGUCGCAUCCCAAAUCGGUGCGCUCGUUGGGUCCGUUUUGAUCAGCACGCAUAACGCUAUCCAACUAUUUGAUACAAUAAUAUUAACCAAAUAACAUCCAAGCAUAUAAAGUUAAAAGAAAGGGAGAAAGAAAAACAUCUCUCUUUCCGAUUGAAAUUACAAUACCAGCAUUAAAUUCAAACAGUAUAAUCUAUAGCAGAUAUGCAUGUAAUCUUAAAUUAUCUUCAAGGUCGGAUACUUGCGAUAUGUAAUUGUUUUAAGUGAAAUGCUUCUAUCAUUAAAUACCAAAAAAAAAAAAAAAUUAAAAAACAUAAAAAAUACAAAAAAAAACUAAAAACAGAAAAAACCUUUUUAUAAAAAAUUUAAUGUUUUUUACAAAAAGUCCCAAAAAAAGUACAAAUUAUUGACAUUUAUCAAAGUAAAGAACAACAUCCUAAAGAUAAUUUGCUAUCAAUGCAAACUUAAAUGGAAAACCUUACCGAAACAGUUGCGACAGAGAAGAACACAAUAAUAUCAUAUGCAACGUUCCAAAUCAAGUAAAUGAGUUUCCUUCGCAAGUGAGCGAGUUCUUACUUUUCUUCUAAAAUCAAGAGAAUGGCAGGAAAAAACAUUAUCAGGAGAGCUAAGAGGCAAGACUUGUUUUUCUCGAAGGAGAUCAAUUUGUUCGACAAGGAAACUUUCAUCCAAACAAAACAAAAUUUGAACUAUUGUUUAGCUUAGAUUCAACUUGAGAAAAUAAAGUGAAGGCGUAUAAUAUACCCUGCACAUACAUAUAUCUUAUUGUACUUACAUUUUUUUUACAUACUACAGACAAACACUUUUAUGCGAUUAUAUCAGCUAACUGAAGAGAGAAAAAUAAAACAAGUGGAAGAGACACAACCCUUUUUUUAACUCACCAUCAGUAAUUAAAUCUAAAAACAAGCAAGAAUGGUAUUGUAAUAUCGAACGCAACGUUUAGUACUUCAACUCAUACUGAUGCUCCCAAGAAGAAGCAACUACCGUGCCAAUCUUGUCAGCGCGGUUGAAAGUUAUACAGAAACAAAUACAAGCAAAAUAAAAAAGCAAGAAAUAAAAAAAAGUUUAUAACACUGAGAGAACUAAACAUUAAGUUAUGAUGAACAAGCAGCCGAAUGAAAAGAAAGUUGGCAAAUCAACUAAAAAAGAACAAACGUGAAAAACAUCUUUUGGUUUAGGGAUUGAAAGUAAAAAUAACGUUUUAACUUUAUAUGGGAAAACUGGGUUAUGUAGAAAGAACAUAUUUUUAUCUCUAAGAACAAAAGCGAUUUUAUUAUAAUUAUUAUAAUCUUUGAAUUUUUAUCCUUUGUUACUACUAUAUCAAUAUUCAGACAACAAAUUCAAACUAUAUCGGUUGACGGUUAUAUCUACAAAUAUGUUUUAUCCUAUUACAUUUACUUGAAAUUUACAUUUUUAAAACAUAAUUAGCAUAAGAUAAAACUGCAGUCAAUACUUCUACCCUUAACCGUAUUUCAUUUUUUUUUCUAAUUUACUAUUUUAUUCCUAUGAUAUCAUUUUGAACAGUGUUUAUAUCAAUAUCCAUAGAAAGAAUUUAAUGGUGAAAAAAUAAUAAAUCUUUCUAGGUUUCGAAGAUAUGGGA